GUUUAGCCCUUUCACGGAGCCCUUCCUCCUCUGAGACCCCGCCGCCAGCAUGCCUGAGACAGCCGAGGCCGUGUCGGCCACCCUGACCACCGACAGGAACUGUACCGUGGAGAUCACCAACCUCAGCAGCUUCUGCCUCAUCGACCCUAAGGUCUUCAUGUCCAGCGGCCUCUGGUUCCACCCGCCCCAGCCCACCAUCCGCUCCCCCAUGACCGAGGUCUGCUCGUUCAGCAAGGACGAGCUCAAGCUCGAGGGGGCGGUGGGCGUCCUGACCUACGACCUCUUCGACAUGAAGACCCCAAAGGCCGCUGAGCGCUUGGCCAUCAUGUUCUCCGUUCCCAUCGACAAAAUCCUCUUCAAGAACUUGCUGGGGGUGGGAGUGUUCGAGGCGGAGCGCACCUGCGACAACAGCCUCUACAAGCACAUGAGCGAGGGCAAGGACACCCACUUCACCCGCAUAGAGGGGGGGACCUCGGGGCUGGUGCACGGAGGCACCGGCCUGAUCCUGCACUGCAAAAAGUGA